AUGCCCACUCAAUCCGACGAUAAACGCCAGGCUGCGCGCGAAGUCAUUGACAUUCUUCAAGAGAUCUCAAUUCUCCUUAACACGAAACUAGACCGGACAGAGCUGUCUCUUUGCGUGUCUUUGAUCGAGAAUGGGGUCAACCCUGAUGCCCUUGCGACUGUGAUCAAGGACUUAAGGAGAGAAGUUGAAUUGAGUUCCCGCUCUCCGAAUGAGUCUUCGGAAUGA